AUCAAGUUUCAUGGAGGAAUGUGGAGAUGGUGUGUUCUUACUUGCUACACGAAAAAUUGCUAAGACAUGCAAGGCGAAGAAGUAGUUCACAGCUUCGAUAUUCCAAAUGAUCAAUGCAGUAAAAACAGAGCUCUCAGUAACACAAGAAUAGGCGAUUUUCUUAACGAUGUAGUUCCACAAAGUCACGUAUUUACACCAAGUCAACUUAAGGUAUACAACGACCCAGUCCACGGCCACAUCCAACUGAACCCUGCCUGUCAGUGUAUAGUGGACACGCCCCAGUUCCAGAGGCUGCGCUAUAUCAAGCAGCUUGGAUUGGUCUACUAUGUCUAUCCAGGGGCGGCACACAAUAGAUUCGAGCACUCAUUGGGGUUCAUAUUAGUUAAUUGA